CCGGUGUCCCUUUAUUAGCUUCAUUUAUUGGUUGUGGUAAUAGCGAGGAAGAGAUGUCACAUUUUAUCUGUCAGCAAAAGAAAUCAACAUAGAGUCUUGUUUCCAACCUGAAAGGCUUUGUAGCCAAAUGAAGUUGUAAUUUUAGAACAGAAUUCGAAGGCCAAAUGUUCUUCUCUUUGCUUUUAGCAUUGUGGAUGACCUAUGGCGUUGCGGGUAAGUAAUGUCGAAACGCACUUCGCCGCCUUGGCACUUGCAUUACGCGAAUGUUUCUACUCGCAUGUCCGUGAGGUUCCUUCACCAUUCCAACCUUGGUCAUCCCCGGGUGGGGAAAAUUGGCGGUUGCAACUGAAAUAAGCAAAUGUUGAGGAAACUCAAUGGAGAAACAAUUUCGCUGAAGCGUGAGAAUAGUUCGUGAACGGUAGCAAUUGUUUUGAGAGCGAAGCAAGUGAAGCGCGGCAGCUGCUCAUACAACAUAGCGCUGCCACGAACUCCAUUUGUGAGACGCACUUGAACGUUUACGUCCUUAUAGUAAACUGACUGGAUCGAAUGGUGCUUUAUGCUAAUGCUCUUUUGAAAAUUUUGUUCUGUUUUCCUUUGUUAUGUCUAUAGUUUCACUGUUUACGUUCCUUGGUGCAGAAAAUUCAAAGCUAAUGGCGAGCGAACUCUGCAAACGCUUCAACCGCAAAGAUUUAUAUACAACAGCCGAUUGCUCCAUAAACCUGCAAAUUACUGUCUGUGGACCUUUAAAUAAAAUCAAAACGAAAGGUCACCUUUUCGUAAUUCAUUCGUGUACCAUUUUUGUGAUAACUAAAGGAAUUCUUUCCAAGUUACUGAACUGUUUUCCAUAGGGGGCUUUAUGUUCCAUGCUACGUGACACCUAGUAGUCUUAGUAGGAAGGCAUCAAAACAACCCCAGCUUAUGUUUUCCUCUAUAACAUUUGCUACAUCAUUCCACGAUUGUGUUGCUUGCUUCGUCUCACAGUAAGGGAUUUAAUUGUUAGCAUUAUUUCUUUCGCUAGCGUUUUCAUUUGAACUAACUGCUAAAGCUAUUUCAUUUUCAUGCAGGCUAUGCUUCCAACGCCUUCAUGCGCCUUGAUUUUGUCAAAGAACCCAGCAACACAGUGGCUCGCAAGAAUAAAGCCGUCAGGUUGCAAUGCGAAGUAGAGGGUUCCCCUCCUGCUACAAAUUUUACGUGGGUAAAAAAUGGAAAGGUAAUCACAGUUGAUGAUAGAGUGAAAAUAGAAUCCGAUGGAGCACUGCUCAUAAAUCCGGUACACACGCGAAAGUACAAACUCGAUGUUGGAGAAUACCAGUGCUUUGCUUCAAGUUCCAAAUUCACAAUAGCUAGCCGCAAAGUGCGUUUGGAAGUGGCCGGUAAGUCAUGAUUACAGUGCAUGUUUCUUACUCAUUGUGGUUAUUUUCCGUUUCUAGCAUUCUUAAUAGCGUGAUCUGAACAGCUCCAGUUUCGGGCAGAUUACAUCGUUGAACGCGAAGUUUGUAUGUCAUCUCCGCAACGCUUAAAAUUCCUUUCUGAACAUAGCGUUCUUCCGGCUGCUUAUGAAAAUCUCGAAACGUACGAUAUUCAAAAACGGGAAUCGUACGUUGGCUUUUGACACGUUUAACAGCGGUCAAUUGAAAGGCGAAGUACAAGUUUUCAAUCGUGAGUGCACAUCAGCUGGCCAAUUUCGGGUACUGUAUUUACUUCGGUUCUCUUUUUUUCCUGUUGCUGAUCACGCGAUCGUUCUUUGCUUGCUUGUUCUCUCAUUUUCAUUUUCACUUUUGUAACGACGUUUCAAUUAUCUCUUUCAAACGAGCAGAGAGCAAUUUGUUUAAAAACAUGUUUACAAUCUUUUAGUGACCCGAAAUUUUAACCUUUCAGUGAAACGUCUUCGUGAAGCUUUGGUCAUCCCUAAAAAAUUGUUAAAACAUUGUAGAUAACCUGAUCAGUAAUUGUGUUUUUCCAACACUUUGAAUUCCCUAUCGUUUUAUCGUAUUAUGGACAGCUUAUUCGUCCAAACUACGGUUUUAUCUGUCGUGGCUUUUCAAGUGUAAAUAUCGCGUUCGUUAACGUUAGGAGGAAGGACAAGAGGUUAAGCCUAAGUAAGCGUACACGCCUUCUAAACGAACGUAGCAAUUGAAUGUUUUAAGUGUAUAUUUAAGCUUAUUUCUUGUCUUUCGUAAUAAGUAAUGCUUUAGCGAAAUGUUUCUAUCGUGUUGGUGAUUGAUUCAAACUGAUUUUUACAACUGCAAUACUGCCUUUGCUGCUGGAAUUGAUACAAUUUUGUUGUCACGUCCGCCGAUAGAUAGCAUUAGGACAAGCUGUGUCUGUGUGUGUUGGAAACCUUCUAAAUACGUACAUGCCUAGAGUCGUUUUGACUCUCAACUGCAAAUAACCUUUAAAUACAACGUUAAGUAUUCUAACCAAUUCACACCACGCUGUGAGUACCAACAACUCAUAAACUCCUUAACUCGUUAUGUUUUAAAACACCUUUGACCUAUUCUCUAAAAGAGUUUGUGCAAGUACAGAAUUGAAUGACCGUACCGACUUUUUUUUUUUUCGCGUAACCUGACCUCGGAAACCCGCGCUUAUAUUAACAUGUAACGGAAGAAUAACAGUAUUAAAUAAAAUAUACCAGAUUAUCAAACUCAAGAAAGAAACUGGGUAUUUUUGGUCUCGUUCUAAACAUGGCGGAUAUUGAAACACCAAAGGCCAAGAUUGCAGUGAUUGGUCUUUUGUUCUAUGGCCUAUGGGAAUCCACAACAGAAUAAUCACGUGCUCAUAAAUAUGAUAUGGGCAAAUGUUGCGGGUUUGAUUUAAAGUGAUCAUUUUGUUGUAAGAUGUCUCUGGGAUCAAAUAAAGAAAACACACAGUACCUCAUGAUGUAGAACAAAACAAGUGAUUGUUCCAUGCAAUGGAAUGAGUGCCUGAGAGUGCAGCAUUUUUUAGAACAACAUUGUGAAUUCACCUUUUUAUAGGAUUUACUGUUGGCACUUAGAAAAGUAAACAAUGUUGCGUGUAGUUUAUUAGGAACAUUUUUUGUUUGUGGCUUUUAUGGUAUGUUAUGUCUUCUUGUUUUUUUGUUAUAUUUAUCCUGUUGGUAGAUUUGAAUGUGCUGAUUUUUUUAUUAUUUAAACCUCUAAACAACAGGGGUUGUCAUAUGGUAAAAUAAAUAAGAACUAUUGUAAUGUAAUUACUUUUAUUUUUUUUCUCUUUUAUUGAAUGUUGUUUAUUUAUGUUUAAUGGUUAUCUAAUUUUCAUUACUUUUUUUUUUUGGAAAAAAGUACUGUACUAUCUAUGUUUUUUUUACUUAGCCGGCAUGUUUAGGCAGGAACGUUUAUUUUGCCUUCUUCAAGGCAUGUUUAAUCUGAAUGAUAGCUAUGAUAUAUAAGCAUAACAUGUGACUCAAACAAUCACUUUAAAAUGGAACUGUAGAAGGAUGAAACUUAAUUUAUAUGAUGUAACAAUGUAACUUAACCUUUAAUCAAGGCACAUGAUCUGGCACCCCAUGGGGAAGGGGACAGGCAGAGACUUGGAAAAUUGAGUGUACCUCUAGAAAAAUCCUGGCUAUUCCCCUAUGUAAGGUACAUGUAGUUCUAACUUUUGAGGCUGGGAAUGAAAUCCUUUGGUAUGACCAUUCAAAUAAAACCUCUCUAGCAGUACUUUCACGUGGUAUUGUAAGUUUUUCUGCAUUUUACUCAAUAAAUUGUAGAUUUUUUAUCAAUUAUUUACUUUAGUCACUUCUGGGAGUGAAACUGCUAGAUCGCCCUUGCAGUUUGCCCUUUUUUUGUACAUGUAAAUCAAAGGGAGAACUUGACUUUGGAUCAGGUGUUACCUAGGGUGUAAUUGUUUAAGUUUUGUAGAAAUUUAACUUCUCAGAGUCACUCUUAGUAUCAUUACCCUCUAACUACAGGUAUCUCCAGGAAAUUUCUCCAGGAGCCCAAAAAUACAACAGUAAGAGUUGGAUCAGUAGCAAGGUUUUCUUGUAAACCACGUCAUGAUGUUCCACCUGCCACAAUAGCAUGGGAGAAAGAUGGAAGUCCCCUCAACUUAUCUAGUCGACUGGUUAUCUUGGAUCAAGGAGUACUUCAAAUUAAGAAUGUUCUGAAAUCUGAUGAAGGAAACUACAGGUGUAUUGCAAGCAAUAUUGCUAAAACAAGAUACAGCCAGGCUGCCAUCCUCUCAGUGAAAACAGGUUUGUGUUAAUCAUUCACAAUUUUGAAAAGAAACAGAGAAAUUGUUCUAAUUGCAGCAGGGUGAACAUCAUUUCUGUUGUCAAUGAAAGUAUACACCAUGGAAAAUUGAUGUCAAUAUAUUUUUUUCACAAAUAUACAUGUACCAUUGACAAUGGGCAUUGACAGCCCAUUUCAGGUGAAGUGUCUUGAAAAAAAAAAGCACAUGAGAGAAAGAGGAAAACAAAAUUAAUUGCACUGCAAAAAGUAUUCAUUUCCAUAGUCUAUUUUGUGAAAGGUUUGAACCCAGGAGUCAUUUCAAAAGGUUAAGUUUGAUCGUCCGGGUGAACGUAGUCCUGAAUAGGACUGUUGUUGUUGACAGUGACUGACGUUUUGACAACCUGUGCGGUAGUCAUCUUCAGAGUCAAAGUGAGUUGUAUCGCGUCAGGUGAUGGUAUUGUACUCUGGUUAUUGAUAUAAUAUAACCAGAGUAUAAUACCAUCAACUGACGUGAUACAACUCACUUUGACUCUGAAGAUGACUACCGCACGGUUUGUCGAAACGUCGGUCACUGUCAACAACAACAGUCCUAUUCAGGACUAUGUUCACCCGGACGAUCAAACUCAACCUUUUGAAAUGGUCUAUUCUCUCAUCCAUAAUAUUUUUACCAAUCAGCUGACAGAAUAUCACCCUGCUAUUGUUAACAUGUACAUUGAGCCACAAGGGCACCAUGCAUGGCCAUGGCCUGCAAUGUUUUCAGAAAUCAAGCUCUAGUUUUUCAUUGUUUCUGCAUAAACUCUCUCAAAAAAGUCUUUAAAAUUUCAAAGAAGGAUAUGGAAAGUUCUUGAAAAGUCCUUGAAUUUUUGGUCAGAAAAAAGGUAAGAACCCCUGAAUGGGUAAAAAGGGCCCAGGCUGGAGUAGCACUUUGCCCUGUAAAGUUAUUAAAAGUAAAAUAUAUCAGUUGUUCCGGGAAAGUGUAUUUAGGUGGUUCAACUCCAAGAAUAACUCCAAGAAUAACUCCAACUUACUCCCUUCAUUGAAAGAAUGUUUAUUUGGACUUUCCGAAAAUUCACCCAACAAUAGCUGCCGUACAGCAAAAUUAAACUACACUCUGUUGUUUAUGAGAUUUUACAUUUAUUCUUGUCAACUUCAUAACAAAGCGCUUACAUGUACUCUCUCAGACUUUGCCAAACAAAUAGAAAUUAAAUACCAGCUAGAAAAAUUCUUUUUUAAUUCCUUAUUAUGUAACAGGGUGCAAAGAAAAUCAUUUUUACAGCUUGCCAUUUGGGCAAGCCGAAGCUAGCAUUUACGAGUGCAGACUUCAUUUCAGCUAGCCCCAAAAGCUUUUUGACGAGCCAAAUUGAUUUCACAGUUCUUCUGUUAUUCGAAUUCCUCAAAAAACAUCACUUGCCCUUCAGGCAAGUUAAAAACAAAAUUCACCAGCCCAAUAGCAAAAUCCACUAGCCCUGAGCUAUUGGACACUACUUUCUUUGCAUGCUGCGUAAUUAUGUAAUUUUUGUGAACUAUAACACUGUGAUUUAAAUUUAAAAAAUGAAAAAAAAAGUAAAAUAUAUUUAGAUUUCAUCUGUGGCAUGGUAAGGAAGAAGGACUAGCACAGUCAUAUAGUGCAUAACGUUCUGAGGAUGAUUCCCAGGUGUGACCUCAAACCCUUUUUCGAUAUCUUUCUGUACGUUUAGCUGUAAGUAGCUUAAAAUAUCUGUAAAACAGAGCACUGAUGGAAAAACGGGAGUAAAAUGAGUGCACCAUCUGCUUCAGGAUUGUCAGUCUAAUAAGUAUCAUUACCAGCUAAAGACCUAUCAUAAGGACCUUUUUUUCAUACUUAAUAACUAUUAAACCUUGCAGUACUAGUGAAUUGGCUGUUUGAUCAGAGAAAAACUCCUCAGUUACACAUCUGCAAAUGGGACCCUCCACGGGAUCUCAGUGAAUAAGGUGAACGCGCGCACACGGCACGUUAUAACACAUUUGCACGCUAGUGGCAUGACACCCUUACUGUGCGGAUAUUCGCAUGAAAACAAUUGAUACUGGAGACCAUGUUCGUAGCCAUUGUUCAUAUCUGGUUAACACGGUAGAGCUUUGUUUUUAUGACACGCUAGAUUUUUUUUUUUUUUUUUAACACGCUAAGUUCCUUUGUUUCCUUAACACAGUAGAAUUCUUAACACGCUAGCUUAUCUUGUACAACCCAGCUUAAUUCGUUACUUGUGUUUGUCAGCUUCUUAUUUGUGAGAAUGGUGUUUGUUAAGUAUAUUACUCAUACAGUAUAUAUGUGAAAAUAAAGAAAAUCUACUGUCCUAUUUAAAAGUUUUAAUUAAAAAAAGCAAACUUUCACGGCAAUUUACGGCUCUUUGCCUCAGGAUUUUCGCUAGUAAAGUCAUUUGCUUUGCAUCAUACAAGUUUGCUCUAAUACUAAAGCUUAUGUUUGUCAAUUAUAUAUGCAUUUGUGCUUGGCUAGCUGCCUUCACAAGUUUACGAUGUCAAGAGCAGAGGACAUUGCUCGUUUGGCCCGUGUUUAGCAAGCUGCUUUAAGAAAACGAGAAAUUCGAAAAUAAAGGAAGAAUCCAAAAGCAGGAUUAAUAAUUGAACGGACAACAAGUCGAGACACCAUUCUGUUCGGCGAUUCAUUGACCGAUGUUGCACUUGAUAUUGACAACUAGAAUCGUAUUGGUGAGCCAAUAGAAAGCCUUACAGCUUACGAAAUCCUGCUUGUACAAAUCGAAAGUGACUUCAACUUCAAAGAGCGUGCUAAAAAUUUGACAUGGUCACUGUGUUACACCGUGCAAAAAUGCAGGCAAGAUCUUAACCCGUUCCUUUGUCUCUACUGUUGGAAGGAAGACUAUGGCUGCGAUGUUAAUAAGGCAGGUAACUAACACGCAGCUGAUGUGUUAAAAGCUAGUUCUUUUGUUUUGGCAUGCGAGUGUGCCGUGUGCGUGUGUUCACCUUAUUCCCUGAAAUCCCGUGGAGGGUCACAAAUCAUUAUGCUAUGUAAAAAAGUUAAAAUGGAAUAACCUUGUGUGAUAUUUACGGUAAUUAAUUGAUUGCCCUUUGAUACUGUUCUAGAUCAGUAUCAAUAAAAUGUUUCACUAAAAUACAAGAACAAAGGGACUGGGGUAAACCAACCAAUUAUUGUCUAGAAUAUUAAUUUAUGGCUUAUAAUAUUGGCUCAUCUGAAAGAUGCACAAAUCAGUAAUAGUUCUUACAGUUUAUAUAUUAACAUUAUGUGCAAAGUUUGAAGUUGCUGAAGAUAACAGUGAUUACAUACAAAACUGCCUACUUCUUUAUGAAACUUUAUUAUUGUUUAUGUGAGUGCUGGUAGUAGUAAUAAUAUUUGGUAAUAGAAGAGUCAAUAUAAUGAUCACCCUUGUUACAGCAAUCCAAUAUUAUCUUUCUUACAGCCUCAAUAUAUGCUUUCAAGCAGUUAGGAGUUGCUUAUAACAUUAAUUUUAUUUUGCCAAAUGUUUAAUAGUUCUCUUGUAAAGUUAUAAAACUGUGCAGUUCAUCUGUGAAUGACGGUAGUUAAUGUAGAAGUGUAACAGUGAUCCCAAAAGAAUCAGUCUGUAAAAUGUUCAGAGACCCCUCACAUAGUUGUCAUAUUUUCUAUUAACCCUUUAAGCCCCAAUAUCCACAUACAAAUUCUCCAAACUGAUCUCUAUACAUUUCCUUAAAGAAUAAGUUGAGAGAAUUUGAUGAAAGAUCAAAGCAUUUUCUCUUAGGUGAUCAAUUUAUUAAUUCUCACAACCAAAUCUCUUGACAAUCUUUGGAUAUGGUUGGGAGAAAAUUGAUGUUGGUCACCAUUGAUUUUUACUUUUUUCUAUCAAAGCUUAAAGUAGGCCCUUCAUAAGCAUAUCAAGGGCAUGUUUCAUGAACCACAUCUUCCUGUGCUGUGAGUGUUUUGUCUGAGAUUAUUUGCCCUGCUUUGGUUAGUCUCUCCUAGGUCAUUUUUUUGUAUGAAAGAUACGAUGUAGCUAUUUUUUAAGUGAGCAGUCUAAUUAGAAUAGGUAUCUGAUUUGCAAUGUCAGUUGUGUAUCAGCCUUGUCUUUCUUUGGGCAAGAAACAUUGCUCCAUUCAUUGUCCUUCUGCAUCACCCAUGCAUAAAAAUCUGUUCCUUGAAAAAUUAUCAGUGGAUUCUGGGAAUAAAUUUAUUGUGAUGCUCUCCAUUAUUUAGCAUGCAGUUUAAGCAGUGUCUUGGCACUGACAUCAAAGCAAACUACCAUUACGUGUUUAAAGCUUUGUUGGAGGAAACUAUUUUCUUUCCUAUUGAAAGUUGCAACCACCAUCAGACUGUAUUUUAUGAGUGGGUUUUGAAAAUAUAUUGAUGGUUAUGGGCUUAAGUGGAAUUGCGUGUCAAAUGCCCAUGGAAUGAAUCCCAGACGUCUGGAAUGAGACAACAAUAAGGAAAUCAGGUAGUCCAAAGGGCAAUAUGAUGAAUCACAUGAUUACAGGUAGCACAGUGCUGUGAGAACAGCGAGUAUCUAGCCAGCGUUGAAAGAAAGUCCUGUCCCAUAUCCCUAGGCCAAUGGAUUUUGCUAUCAAUCUAGUGAAUUCUAAUCUUAACUUGCCUCAUAGGCAAGUGAAGUUUCUAGGGGAAUUCAAAUUACAGAAGAACUGUAAUCAAUCCUGUUCAUCAAAAAUUUAUUGGGGGCAAGUUAAAAUGACUCGUGGGCUAGUGCAUGCGAGCUACAGGUUGCCCUCCUUUCCUUGCACCCUGCUAGCCUAAAACUGGAUUAACUAACAGUGUUUUUUCUCAACAAAAUCAACACAUUUUUCAUCUCUGUGAAGCAGUGAAGACCCUCAAUGUCUACCUAAGACAUGCUUGUUCUAGAAAGUGUUAUGUGCCAUUAAUUAGCAAUACUCUCAGAAAUGUAAAUUUGUUAUUAUGGAAGUAGCAUGUAAAUAACAAACUGAGUCAAAUUUGGAUGAGGUGAAAAGGCAUACAUAUUCUUUACAUGCUCACCAAUAUAAAUAAAGCAAAUACGCAAAACUAUAAGGCUCUCAUAGGAUUAAUUUUUGCAGUGUUAUCAUGAGGCACCCAACAAACCACUUUUACAGUUGAUAUUGGUCACUCUCGACUGGGGUUUAGUAUGGGUCAUGCCAUCUUGUCUUCAUUGACAACAAACUUUGUGUUAAAAAACCCAGGCACUGUAUAAUUGCAGCCCAGUGAAAAUGAGCCAGCAGCCAGCAAUUUUGCUACUUCCAGUGGAAUAUUUGGCUUCUACUCAACACUUAGAUGUUAUUAAUGAUAUUAAAUAAAAACCACAAAAGUUUUGCCUGCUACCUCUGGUUAUCCUGCCUACUGCUGCAAAUAUUUUGACAAGGCCGUGCUCUAGCAGGGCUCAUUGGCCCCUGGCGCCUAACUUUUGCCCCUGUGUGACAAGAAAAUCAUAAUUUUUUCGGAGAAAUAAUAAUGCUGGGCACCCUGGAUUUCACAAGUUCGAAACACUGGGCUUCCUUCAAUUUUCCUCAGAGCACAGCCUUGGUAUAUGUGACAUAUAGCAAGAAAAAAUGUUACAAUUAUUGACUUGCAUCCUUUCCAGUGGGGAGUAAGCAGUUACCCCUGAGUGGCACUGAAGUUGGGAUACGCUUGGGCUAAUUUGGCGUCAUUGGCCCAAAGUGCACCCUUGCAUUUACUACUCACCAUACAGUUUACUCUUAUUAAUAAUGAUUUGGAGAAACAUAAACAUGUAUAAACUACCAAAAUAAUGUGUCAACAUUUCAACGACCACGUGAAAUAUGUCAUUAUCAAGGAGCUGAAAUAAAUUGAACUUGCAUUAAUUUAUUUCCAUUCCUUAAUAAUGUCAUCAUGAGGUUGCUGAAACAUUGGAACAUCUUUUUGUUAGUUUUUACAUGUUUACAGCUUACUCUAUACUGAAAAAUUGCCACUUAUGUUUCCUGCUACAAACAUUUUUAUAUUGUUAUUCUUUCUUUUAGAUUCAGAUGUAGCCACUGUGGGUCUUAAGUUCAUUGGUGUCCCUCGCAACACAACUGUUUUAAAAGGAAGAAAUGCUGUAUUGGAAUGUGCGGUUACUGGUUAUCCUGUUCCAACUAUAAGAUGGACAAAACUGGGUGAAAACAAUGGAAAGUUUAACGCACCUAGGGCAACCUAUGGAAUUGGCAAUCUUAACUUUUCCAACGUUGAUGAAAGUGAUGAAGGACAGUAUGAGUGUCAAGCUACUUCUAAUGGGCGAACUAUUUCCAGAACUGCGUGGCUUCUUGUUAGAGGUACUUGAUUAUAACCCUUUUAAGUCCCAAGAAUGACCAACAUCAAUUUUCUCCUAGAAAUAUCGAUACAUAAUCAAGAGAAAAGGUUAUAUAUUAUAGGAGUAUUAUUAAAUUAUCACCUAAGGGAAAAUGCUUUGAUCUUUUAUCAAAUUCUUUGAACUAAUUUUUUAAGGAAAUGUAUGGAGAUCAGUUUGGGGAAUUUGUAUGUAGACACUACAGGCUUAAAGGGUUGGUGAUGAAGUGAGCUAUGGAUUUGAGUUAGAUAAAGUGCUUGCAAUUGCAGGGGUGCAACUUCAGAAUUUCAAUUGCAUUAUGUUCCUACAGUCAUAACUUGCUCAUGUGCUGAUGUUUUAAGCUCUUACUUUCUUAAACUUUAAAAGCUACUCCACGUCACUUUUGCAACCUACAUUAAUUGUCUAAAAAUCAAAGUAAACCUCAAAAAAAUUAUAUUGGUAUAUAAUAAAAGAGCGCCAAGAAAUUUGAAAAAGUAAAGCAAAACAAAACAAAGAGACACUUUCUGUUGUACAAUAAAAAAUCUCUCAUAGAAAUUAAAAAAUGGCUGCAAAUUCUCAAUCAAAUUCAGAAGCACACACAAGAAUGCCUGGACGGCAAUGGUGAAAAAGGUGAACUGGUUUUUAAUAAAUUUUUUAUUGGUGAAAGGGUUCUUGCACAUCUAAACCAUUUUUGGUUUCUUGCCUUAUUACCCACUACAACAGCUUAUUUUAUAUACCAAUCACAAUUAUUUGUGCUAAUAGUCAUGAUUAUAUUUUCCUGUAACGUAGAUGUUUUUACUUCAGCAUCCUGCAUCCUUGAUGCAUAAAAAUCUGUGAAGAUGCAAAAUUAAUUUGUAGGACACCAAAGUUGAUCGAUGAGUCUGAAGAUGUUUUUCUACAAUAUCCUGUUUAUGUGAUUUCUGGGGCUGUUAUUGUGGUUGUAGUUGAUGCCUAUUUAUUUUAGUCUUUUUAUAUAGAAUAACUAUAUUUUAUUUUCAUUAAACUGUGAUAUUAGAGUCUGUCCUCAGAUUAACUGUCUGGUUACAUAAAGGCCCAAGCAAUUUCAAUUUAGGAGUCGUUGCAGGGUUGUCAUUAAGAGCCGGGGGGUUGGGAUUUUCCCUGGCUACUAAUAGAGUGGCCCCCGGCUACUUUUAUUGGAAAAUAGAAAGAAAAUAGAACCAAAAGAAAUCCCUAGCUGUUUGAUUCCCCGCCUACUUGUUGUAUUUACCCGGCAACUUGAAAUCUUAGUGACAAUCCUGCGUUGUUUGUUGAACUGGGACUCGUUGGUUCUGCACUGAGACUUACUAUUUUUCACAAGAUGAGUCCCACGACUCACCAUAGCUAAUUGUAACAAAAACUUGUGUAAUCAUAACAUUCAUAAUAUAAUACUUAUUAUAUAUUAUUAUUUUUUCUAGUUCCUCCGAAGUUUACAGAGAUACCCGCCAAAAUGCAGUGGACAACUAAUAAGCCUAUCAUAUUCCACUGUGCUGCCACUGGAUUGCCUCGACCAACCAUUUCUUGGCUAAAAAAUGGCAAGCCGCUGAUCACAAAUAACAGAACAUCAGUAACCUAUUACGAAGGAGGAGCAGACUUGACCUUAUCUGACAAUCACAAAACAGCAAUGUACCAGUGCUUUGUGCAGAAUGAAGUUGGCAGCAUUCAGGCUGCAGUCACCGCUGUGGUUCAAAGUAAGGAGGGUUUCGGCUCAAACUUGAUCAGUAAAUUACCUCAUUGGUACUUUAUUUGGUGGGUGUUAAUUUCCGUGUUUUCACCAGCUGCCAAAAAAUUGUAAAAUUAAAGACCUGCAAAUAGAUAUCGUCACAAAAUUAUACUCUCAAAAUUUAAUAGCGAUAUAGAAAAUUCAAAUCACAGGGAAAACAAAUGAAAACAAGACGCGUGAGUGCAUGAACCCUGCCUUCUUUUGGUUCAUAAAAUGAUAGAGAAAAUGUGCUCUAUGUACUAAUGCACUAUGGCCCAGAGGAACUUUGAUUAUGAAUUGAUGAUGAACAAAUGGAACAUACUACCGGCUAGCACAGACUGGAAAGACUCCAACGUUCCAAAGGAGUGUACUUGACCAUGACUGCAUAAUGCUUCAAAGUAGUGUUUGCAGCUAGUUUUUGUUUUCUUUAAAUGGGCAUGAGCUUCAGUCGCAAUCCUAAUAUUUUGAGGGAAAAAACUUUGAAAUAACACUUCAUAUAAAGAGGAAGAGAAGAUAAUGGUUGGAAUACGUGAAUAAUUAUGUCAGGAUUUUAAAUUUGUUCUGGUUGCUGAAGUGACUAUUGUACAUGCUAAAUUACUACAGAGGAGUAAAAAACCCAAAUCUCCCUAUGAGUAAGAUCUUUAUUCAUAUUAUUGUCACUCUCAUACAGGAUAAUCCCAAAACCAGUUUAAAAUACAGAAUAUUAUAAUCGUUUUGUCAAUCCUUUUAAUUGCAAGUUAUAAUGUAUGGUAGCUGAACACAGCAAAGAGAAAAAUUUCUAUCAUCGAUAAUUGUGAAAUUUCCAAUAAUGUGGGAUCAAUCAAAAUGGAAUUUUGCAAGAUUGAAAUUCGAUAGUAAGCAAUCGCCCUUUUUUUGAAAAGCUAUAAGCUUACAUGUAAUCUGUAAUAUAAUUUAACAAUGAGAUGUUGUUUGAUCGAUCAAAAUCAUGUUGAAUUUGAGCAUUAAAUAACUCUACGUGCUUUACAAACCUGCCGCUUCCGUGCGAGCUCGAUACAAGUUAAUCCAUAUAUGCCAAAAAAAGUCACAGAAUAUUCCUUUCCCUUGAAAUACUAAGUUUCGUUUUUUAACCAAGACAGCCGGGAAGCACAAGACUUGGACCAAGCACAAACUUCUGCGAUGAACAGUCAGAUUUGUUUGUUUUGAUGAAUGAAAAUUAAUGCACCGAAAUGGUAAUUUACUGUCACUUUCCCGCAACUUGGUACAAACUAUGCUAUAUUACUAAAAUCAAAGCUUAUUUCUCUGCUUUUAAAUUUUCUAAUGUGUCUUAAUGUUUUGCGAUAAAAGCUGUAAAGCAUAAAAUUUUUUAAGGUGUUUACAGUGAUGUGUGUGGACAUGUUUAUACAGAUUGAACAGUCAAGUAGUACAAUUUAAAGCAUAAAAACGGUCCAUACAUUUUACAAAACUGCUUCUUCCUUGCACCUUGGUACACGCUUAGUGUUUCUUCAACUGCUAUAUAAAAUCUCGUGACUUGCACUAAAUAUAUAAAGUGAAAAUUACUCACCUUUUUAGCAUGUCUUUUUCUCGCAACCAGCGAUCACAAUGCGGAUCUUGAUAAAACGGAUCGAGCCACUGUGUUAGUCUGACAAUUCUGGGAGGCAUUAUCCUCUAUAUAACACAUAUUACUAAACAUUUCGACCAAAAUAAUUGUCAACCUCUCACAGAGGCAACAAAAUAACAAUGUUAACGCCACCGACUGACAAAAAAGCUGCCUUUUGUUCUUGACAACAUGUUAAGGGGAGUUUGCCUCUAAACCAAUAAAUUUGCCGGAAAGUGAUCAUGUGAUAUUCUGCCAGUACAGGCAUGCGCUUUAAAGAGCAGAGGGCGAUUUGAUGACGAAGAAAAAUCCCAGGCCAUUUUAUAAUUCGUCUCUUCCUGAAAAGAAGGCUGGGUAAUGAUUAACACGUGGUAACAAAAACACAUACAGAAUAUGUGUCAACAAAUUCACUUUACCCAGACAAUUAACUAAUUUUGCUGGUAAUAAGUUGUGUUUUGUUACCUUCUGUUGUGAAAUAAUGUGAAUUUGCAGAGAUUUCACACAUGAAGUAAAGAAUCUAGCCAUCAUAUUAAUCGGGUUAAUCGCUAGAUUCGUACGAGUCCCUUAUCGAAAUAAGGGUUCAGACUUUUUGAAAAACAAAAUGAAAUUAAGAAUUGUACAAUUUAAUUAACAAUUAAUGAACAAAGCUGAGUAUCUUAUGAAGAAUUAUGGAGAUCGAGGAGGGUGUUAAAACACCCUCCGAGAUCUCCAUAAUUCUUGAUAUGAUAUGAAAGCCGAAUUCAAUAAUUGUUUUAUUAUUCAUUCAAAAUAAUUCCUAAUUUAAAAACAUAGCUAAAACAAGCUUACCUGCAUCAAUGUUAAGUUUAUCUUUGAUGGUUUACGUUUAGGUUUGUCCAGCUCCGCAUAUAUUCUCCAAAUAGCAGAUGUGGCCCUCCGAGGUGUCUUCCUACUGUUUUUGCGAUGUUUUUAGCCAUUAUUUCACCUAGCUCCAACUGUAGUCCGUACUCUUGAAACGGGUGAAGUGUCCGCCAUUUUAGUUUUUACAACAAAAACAACUCAAUCUCGUGCUCAGGUCUUCUCGGUUAACGGUGCAUUAACCUGUAGAAGGCUGCAUUUUUGACGUCAUUUCCUUGUUAAACACAAACUUCUUCCAAAUUUGGUCAUCAGUAACUGGUUAUGGUAAACUAUGUGUGUGCUUUUACCAAUCAGAAUGAGAGAAAUAUUGUGAAUGAAUAAUAAUGCUAUUUAUUCAUAAUAAUUAUGUGCCUGUCUGAAAUGGCAAAAGUGGCAAAAAUUUCACCAAAAUUGCGAAAUUAAGUACCAAUAAUAGAAUGAAUAAUAGAAUGUUAAAUGUUUUUUAUCAUUGUUGUUACAGUAACUGUUGUAGUGUUGAUGCUAGAUUGGAAUUACAGUCAAAUCUCUCUCAAUAGACUCCUUCGUAAGAUGGAUAUCUCAAUAACAUGAGCACCUAGAUUUCUUUAAUCCUUAAGGCCCAGAUAGCAAAUUCCCACCGUUUGGGUGGAAUUUAUUCUUAGUUCCACUGUCACCAAUUCAUUCUUUUGUUUUUGCUCACAUUUUAAUAGCAAAUACUGCAAAACUCAAACUCCUGGCAAUUUACCAAAAAAUUCUAGCCACCUUUGUUUUGUAGUAAAUGGAGUUUUAACACUAGCUGUUUCACUUCAGAUAACCAGCCGGGGCCCCCAACUAAUGUUGUUGCUCUGGCACGUUCCCCUUCAUCAAUCCUGGUGACCUGGAGCCCUCCCAAUGGGCGCUACCAAAUCAUUGGAUACACAGUGCAUUACAACAAGCCGGGAGGUGCACGCAACGAGGAAAAGCAAAAAACUGUCGAAAGCGAUGUAUACAGCAACAUUGUUACCAACUUGCAACCAUUUACAAAUUACAGUUUCUAUGUGAGAGCAUAUACAAAGGCGAUUGGGCUUGACUCCAAAGUAAUCACACAACGAACCAAACAAGAUAGUAAGUUAAUUCCAACAAUAAGAAGUUGUGGCUGGUAUAAGUCACAUUUCAUAAAUCACAAGUACAUUUUACAAGUUACUGUUUUAUGGAAUGGUUUCUCCUUGUUCUAAAACAACAUUCUACAGGCUCUAGGAUUUCAAAUCCAAAGGAAAACAAUUUUUUGGUUCGUGCCCAGAGAUCAUGGGAAACUAUCUGUAACAAUUUUGUGGUGCGGUGAAAAUUCAGGAGAAUCCACCUCCUUUAAUGUUUUCAAUAUUUCGAAGUCAUAUAUUUUUUCCUUGGCACUGGAAGCCAUAAACCAGUAACCUGCAAUGUACUUUGAGAACGAUUGAAGAUAGUGGAUAAUAGGAAACUGACAGAUGCUAAACAACAUUUUUAGUUUCGGGUUCAUGUAUUACAAGUCGUAACUAAAGAAUUGCUCUACUAGUUAACCCUUUUAGCCCCAAUAUCCACAUACAAAUUCUCCAAACUGAUCUCUAUACAUUUCCUUCAAGAAUUAGUUGAGAGAAUUUGAUAAAAGAUCAAGGCAUAUAAUUCCCUUAGGUGAUCAUUUUAUUAAUUCUCAUAACCUAAUCUCUUGACAUUGUAUGGAUAUCGUUAGGAGAAAAUUGACGUUAGACACUAUUGGGACUUAAAGGGUUAAGAAUCUGAGUGGAAAAAUGGUGAAUUUCUGUAAAUGGAUCCCUAAGGCUGAAAAUGUCACUGUGACACAAUUGUUCAGUUCUGUUAUUUUAAGACCACAGUAAUAACAUGGUACCAGAAAUGAUCCUUACCGUGAAUUCCUAGGGCUUGUUCUGUAUAAAAUUGAUAAUUUGGGCUAGGUGACAUGUUUUGGUCCUGUUAAUUUAUAUCUGGCACAGUGACCUUUGCUCUGAUCUGUGAAAUGUGGCAUUUAGGAAAAACCUAUCAUUCUUCCCCCAGAGCUUCCCAAACCAAAAUUCAAGUCAAAUCGAAAUUUUAUUUUCUGAACCAGAACCGUGCAAACGUAAUUUUGAAACAUUUUCAAUUGAAUGGCCUUGUUUGAGACUUUUGUCUGCAGGCUCAAAACUUCACCUGGUGUCUUUGUUAUUCACUGUGAUUUUGAAUGGAGUUACACUCUUCAUCAGAGCAAAGGACACUGUCUAUCAGAGCUACAAGAGGGACCACUUGGCAUGUACAAUUUCCAGGGUUGUGAAAAAGAGUUAGAGUAGCAGGACCAAUGGGAAAAGUAGCCUGAUUAUGGCAACAGGGAGUUGCAAGGGGGGCUAGUGUUGGGGUGGACAAGGGGGGGGUAGGGGAAUUCUCCCUCCAGUUGGAAGAGUUUAGGGGCUGCCUCCAGGGAGUUUUGAGGGUAUCCUUGCUGGAGGGCAUUCCAGUAAAUUAUGAGGACCCUGAAGUGAGAUAAAGAUCAAGUUUCUUUAAAUUUGUGCUAAAAGUGACUAGAGCGACUCACCCUUGGUGUUCAGUUGUGUUUUUGAUCUUGAAAGCUUAUGUUAAUGUGUUUCCCUGAAAAUGUUUCUUCAUUUAGAACCCAGCAGGCCUCCCUCUGAUGUGAUGGUGACAAGUAGCACUCCUGAUGUGAGUCAAAUGAUUUUUGUUGCAUAAUUAAUGUGACAGGACCAGGGGCCUGUUUCUUGAAAGUCGUAAUAUUAUUUUUGAUGCUGGAAAUCAAAUGUUAAAUCAAUCUUUAAAGAAUACAAGCUCUUAUGCCAGCCAACAAACCUGUCCACUUUUAUUGUUGUAACUUGUUAUCAGCCAAACUAGCACUAUCAAAACCUCCUUCUCAAGUGUAAGCAACAACAGCUCUCUGGCCCAGUAAUAGGGACCUUAAGACCAUACAACGGUGACGGUAACAAGAACGUCAAAAAAAAGCAAUAGGUUUGAUUAGCAAAACAACAAAUUUGCUCUUGCAUCACGAUUUUUUGUACAUUUAUUUGUCAUCACUGCACGACUAUAACGUGAAAAUGGCUAAUUUCGUGUUUUAUGGAGGGCGGAAACAAGCAACAACAAAAUUUUCUUUCUCUAUCUUAAGUUACUUUUACAAAGUAAGUGAUGUGGAAUAAUUGCGACUGAGGUUGAAGAAACGUAAAUUCACUUUUAAAGCAAUGUUUUUGCUGCAGUUGCUGUCCUUGCAUCUUAAGGUCCCUAAUAAUAUUAUUGGGACUUUGGAGAAAUGGGUCACAAGGUCUAAGAGCUGGAAGCCUGAGAUUUCCUCUGGCUGCUAUGUGCUUGACCCCUAGCUACUUUCGUAGGAAACAAAGAGAAAAUAGAACCAAAAGUAAUUUCUAGCUGUUUGAUUCCUUCCUUAGCAACAUCCUUGCAGGACUCUUUUUAUUUGAUACUCUGGGUCAUUUAUGUGUCGGAACAGUAUCGCAGUUAACCAACAUCCAUUCUCGUUUUUAAUGCCCCAUGUGAAAAAACUUUCUGGUUAUCAUCUUAGGAAAUAAAUUAAACCUGUUAUAAACCUAAGAUUAGUAUGCAUUUUAAAAACUCUUUAUAGCAACCCUUUAGCUUUCAAAUACAAGUUAGCCUUGUUAUAUAGAUAAAGGUAGAGAUAUUAUUUACAGUGGAAUGUCAGCAAUAGAUGUAAAAAUUCUUACUCUUAAUCUGCACGGUAUAUGUAACAAAGAUGGGCAUUUUUUCUUUUGAAAAGUUGUGGUUAUUAUUGUUAUUAUUAUUGUUAUUAUUAUUAUUAUUAUUAUUAUUAUUAUUAUUAUUAUUAUCGUUAUUUUGUUAUCCUCUUAACAGAGUCUCGAGGUCAAGUGGCAACCUCCACCAACUGAUUAUAUAAAUGGCAUCAUAACUAAAUACAUAAUCACUUGUACACACAUCGAUGCUGGACAGUUGCCAAGAAAAAUCAUUGAGGUUCCAGGUGAUAUUCUCCAUAAGACAAUUAAUGGAUUGAGCAAGGGAGCAAAUCACAGUAUCAGAGUAUGUGCAGUAACAGCCGCUGGCCAAGGUCCAUUUAGUGCAUCUGUAAUUGGCAGAGUGCGCACUCAGCCUACUGGUGGUAAGUGAAUAACAAUCAUUUAUCCCGUAAAUCCUCUUUUAAGGCCCCUCUCUCAAAUAAGCCUCUCUCUCUAAUAUGCCCUCCCCCCCUUUUUUAGGGGAAUAAAUUUAAUAAGCCCCCUUCUCUUCCAAGUCACCCUCCCCUCCCUCUUAUUAUUCUUCACUUAUAAAUAAUGAUGGACUGUAUUAAUCAAUCACGACUAUUUGGACUGAUCCAGUAUGCUUUAUUGACAUGCUGGAAGUUCUGAUUUGUUUUUGAUCCAUGGCUGCAUGACCUCCAACUUCUUGUACUUGAGUUUUUCCACUUCCAUUCUAGUUCUUUAUGGAUAACUGAUACUACCAUUUUGCAAAAUAAAUAAGCAAGCCCCCUCCCGGCCCCACCUCUCAAAUAAGCCUCCUUCUCUAUUAACCCCCUCCCCAAACGUUUUUGAAAUAAGGCCCUGGGGGUUUAAUAGAGGAUUUAAUCAGUCCCCUUUUUAAACAUCUUCAAGUCUAUGCGCAACUACAUUAAAUUAAAGAAUGCAGAAUACAGUCAACUCUCAUUAUAGCACACACUUCAGGGACCUCAAGUUAGUGUCCUCAUUAGCAAUAGUCCGUAAUAGCGGAAGUUUAUUGCAGUGAAAUGUCUGUAAUUUAUGUUUUCCUGGGACUUAGCUGCCGUCCGUAUUAUCGGGGUGUCGGUUAUAGCAGUGGGUCUGCAAGGUGAGAUUUGACUGUAUUGUUGUGGCGACUGUUGAAUUCUCUGUUGACAACACUGACUACAAGCAAGCUCUCCCAUUUGGGCGAGCAAAGCGAACCGCGCGAGAACACGCGAGUGAGCGGCGAAGCUGCAAGGGGCCCCCCGCUUUCGCGUCUCCUCUCGCGCGUCCACUUUCACGAUAUACACCAAAUGGAGAGCUUGCUCGCAGGCUAAGUAAAAGUUUGCGGACUGCCCCGGAAAUGAACUCCGAUUAACCUGGGUGAAAUUCACAUAUCCCAAGGGGUAGACUGGGCAUUUCCUGUCCUGUCCCAUUGUUCUCUCUUGUGGCAACUUAGUGAAGGAGUGAAACCUUGAAUGUUUUUUUUUUUUACUUUCCUCAGCGAUAAGUGCUCCAGAAUUAAGGGUUGUAGUAACAAACUCAAGUAUGUUGACAGUGGCAUGGAAUCCUCCAGAGUUUGGUGAGGAUUCUGUGGUAGAAUAUCGCUUAUCUUAUUCUCAGCCUCAAGAGCGACAACAAGGACCUUUCAUCGUUGGUAAACAACAGAGAGAAUAUUCUCUCUAUGGUCUUGGUAAGUAGUUGAUGUUAACAUUCAGUUUCCUCUCCUAAAGACACAAAAACAAUAAUUCAUGGCAUGCAUCUUGUAGGGCACAAAGAUCAAUUCAUCCAUCUGAAGAUGUUUUGGUAGAAUAUUCUGUUCGUGUGAUUUCUGUGGCUGGUGCAUAUGUCUUUUUUGUGCUAUAAGUGGAAGGACUAUAUUUUGAUUUCGGUAAACUCAAAUAAAGAGUUUUGGAGUCUGUCUUCGCCCAAGGCCCAAACAAUAUUAAUCUGAAGGACUCGUUUUUUUUUAACUGGGACUCAUUGGUCCUGGAGUGUGACUGAUGAUUUUUCACAAGAUGAGUCGCACGACUCACCAGAACGAUUUGUAACAAAAUCGCUGUUUUUACCUUUUUUUCCCUUGUCUCGUAGAUUCUGGUAGUGAGUUUCUUAUCAAAAUCAUGGCUUGGGAUGGUAAAAUGUUAGGUCGGGCUGGAGCAGUUAUUGCAAAAACUGACAAAGGUUUGUUAUGUCUGUUUUGUCCAGCAAAUUACAGUAGAACCUCGACAUAACAAGGUUCUUUUUCAUAUACAGUAAAAACCUGGGACUAAGAACCUGCAUUUUCUUGAGUUAGCCUCAACAAGUUCUUACAUAAAUGGUAAUUAGUGCAAAUUUAAGCUAUGUAGGUUCUUACAUAGGUUGUUAUUUGAUGAAGGAAAAACAUUGUAGCUCAGAGUAUUUAGUGGUAUGCAGCUCAUUCCUUAGGUAAGAUAACGCACAUAAAGGAACUCUGCAAGAACCUGAAUAUAUAAAUAACUGGAAGUGACUUAACGUAAAAGAAGUUAUUCUCCUUUAAUGAUUCCGUUGUAGUCGAAGCCUAAAAAGUUCAAAAUAAAGUGGAAAUAUAAGCUGUUUUUACUGGUAUAUCCCUACUGUCUAAGAACGUGAGGUGGGGGGGAGGGGUCGCUUGUUUGAUAUUAGGGAGCUUUAGCAUCGACGACGGCAACUGCAGCGAAAACGUCAGUUGUUAAUAAAUUCCCGUUUUUUCAAUCUUUGUCGCGUUUAUUCCAAUUUGCUGAAAAUGGCAAGUGUAGGCGAAUUUCCUUGGAAUUGAUUUCUUGAGGACCGUACUCAAGUUUAGAGGGAGAAAAAGAGAUUCGUCGUCUCUUGUUUACGUCCUCCAUAAAACUUGCAAUUAGGCAUUUUCACGUCGUAGUCGUGCAAGGACGGUAAAGAAAUGUACAAAAAAGUGUGAUGCACGUGCAGAGUUGUUGUUUUGCGUAAUAAACCUAUUGCUUUUUUGACGUCCUCUUUGCCGUCGCCGUCGUCGUUGCUAAAGCUCCCUAUUAGCGCGCACGGCUGAGCCUCCAUUGCGAUAGGCAACCUAUCGAUGCGAGAAAAUAAUUUGGUUUUGACGUCACCGUAGGGUUGGUCUAAGUAGACACGAAUUCCUCACUCCUCCCCAAUAGAUUUUUUUCCCCUAUUGUUUCGAUGAUGUGUACGUAGCUUGGAACUUGAUGCACGGUGGUUUUCUUUGUUGCUGUCAAUAUGCUACUUUCAGCUUGCUGGGAGAGUGUUUUUAUUAGAGGUGUUUUUUGCCGGAUAUCUUUUCUUAGUCAUGUAACCCCUCCCUCUAAAGGUAAAGUGAUGCUGAAGUCUCCUAAAGUUAAGUAGGUAUUUGAAGAUUUAUUUUUAGUAGCUUAGAGCUUGUCAGUUCAAAUUUGAUCGCUUUUAUUAAUAAUACGGUAAGUGUAUAAACGGAGGCUUCGCCUUUAGCUCUGGCUAAAUCUUUUUAGUAAAAUCCAACUAGUGGUCUAUUAUUAAUGCUGCGUUCUGAUUGGUUGAGCUACUACUAGGCUUUAUGUUAUGGCCCUCUGUUAGCGAAUAGCGUCGGCUUUUCGGCGGCAAAAAAGGAUUAAAGUCUAGCUUUAACUAGCUAAAGUUGUUUUGUCUCGAUAUUUUUGACCAGGUAGUUGGAUUGUACUAAAACAAUUAUUCCUCUCGCCCUCAUGGCCUCUGAGUUUCGGCCUCAUGGGCUAUUGACUCAGAGCCCAUUCGGGCUUGAGGAAUAAUUGUUAACUACACGCCACUUGCACAUCUCCCAUAAUGUACCUUAUUUGCCGCCCAAAUUUUUGCAUAACCUUUGUUUUUCAUUUCUCCUGCGUAUUACAGCCGUCCCAAGAGAAAUUGAAAAAAUUGCUUAUGCAAAAAUUUUGGGAGGCAAAUAAGGUGCAUUAUGGGAGAUGUGCAAGUGGCGUAUUAUGGCCAAAGGUGAGGGCGCUUAUUCGAGGGAAUAAGGUAGGUGGUCUGCUUGGAGGUUCGACUGUAUUUCCAUUGUUACUAACAUAAGAAUUACUGUUGUGGGUUUUUUCUGCAGAUCCGAAUGGCAAAGAAGAAAAUGUUGACAAGCCACCUCCCGCACCACCCACCAAUCUGGUUUGUAGUGUUAAGAAUCGAAAUUCCAUCCUACUGACGUGGAAAAGUCAGCCAUCUCCAGACCGGAUUGCUUACUACACCAUUACGUAUCAUCUUCGUAAUGACGUAACUAAUACUAAACCUCAGAAGGGAAACGCCUACACGGAGCAAUUCCUCUUGACGGGGCUUGAACCCAAGAAACCUUACGACAUUUCCGUCCAAUCCCAUUAUGAAACCGAGACUACGAUACUCCCCAGCUCUUUCAGUACUGCAGUUACACAAUGUUCGAUUCAACUAGGAAGUGGUAUGUGAUGUCCACAGAUAAAUGCCGAAAACUGUAAUAUUGAAAACCAAAAAACGUUGAUAGAGAAUUGGAUUGCAUUGCUUCAAAUGAUAACCCAUAUUAAUCUUAAACUUCCCAAACGGUUGGCGCCAACCAGUUGUCUUUCCGAUCAGAAUUAUUUCUGGUUUGCUUGUGUAAAUGUUAUAAGUACUUAAGUUGGUACUUAAGUUCGCGUUAAAAAUCCUUUCCCGAGAGAGUGCUUACAGUCUAGUGUUUACUUCUCAGACUCUCAUUAGUGAGUGUGGAGGCAGCGUGGCUGAGUGGUUAGAGCGCCGGACUUGUAAUCCGGAGGCACCAAGUUGAAGUCCUGCUCUGACCGCUGGCUGGAUUGGUUCAGAAUAGUCCCGCGAUCACAUCCCCGGCCGCGCUCGCAAAUAGCCUACUGGUUCGCCUUCUACCAGUUGGGAUUCUUAGCCACAUUAUGUUUCAUUUGAUAUACCGUAAAAUUCCGAAAAUAAGCCCCGGGGCUUAUAUUUUUCAAAGGCCCUUUUUGAGGGGCUUAUUUACGGAGGGAAAUUUGCGUUUCAAAAUCGAUUGGGCUAGCCUUAUAGUUGGAAGUAAAUUCACCGUUUUUGAUUUGUUUUACUUUGUCUUUGCGAGCAAUUUUCCAAGUACAAGCCCCCGGGGGACUUAUAUUAGGAGGGGCGAUUUAACGGAGGGGUUUUUCUGUCACCGGUUUGGGGCGCUUAUAUUUGGAGGGGCUUAUUUUCGGAAUUUUACGGUAUUGGUUCAUUAUUCCUGAAAAGCCACGUAAGAGGAGAGGAUAACUUAAAGAAAUUAUAAUGUGAUUUAGAUAUUUUUUUUCUCUUGUUUAGGGCCUACAGCACCAAGAAAUAUUAAAUAUGAGUAUGUGGGUCUCUCAACUGUACACAUCACGUGGGACUCUCCUCUCAGGAAGAACGGCAAACUUACUAGUUUUGAGAUUCGUUACACAUACAAUAAGUCAUUACCAGAAUCAGAAUGGGAGGUUGAAAGCAGGUCUUUGCAAUUUCCUGCCACCUUCUUGAAGGGCCAUACUACCGCCUUGAACGAUAUUCAAGAAAACAAAAUAUUUUAUAUCAAGGUGCGUCUUGCAAAUGAGAAAGAUUAUGGACCCUUUUGUGACAUGGUAGAGAUUCAACCUCCUAGUGUGACCUCAGGCAGAGCACCUCCAAACGUCAGUUUUAGUAUUUUGUCACCAAAACAAGUCAAACUUUCGUGGACUUGGCCUAAAACUUUAAGCACAUUGCUUACAAGCUUCACCGUUCUCCUCACAAACAACUUUCAUCUCCGGGAAGAUCGAUGGAAGAGGCUGUCAGUUGCUUCAAGCCCCGAAGAAUGGUUCCAAAGUACUGUAUUGAAUGUAGAUCAGGACAAGACGUACUACGUCAAACUCCGUGCUGAAUAUGCUGAUAAUACUCCAGGGAAAUGGUCAGAGGUCAUAGAGGUUUCUACAAAAGUGCGAGGUAGAUUUUUCUUCUUAAACGUAAAAUACGUUAACCCUCAAAUCAAAUUUCUCAUUUGUUGCCUAAGAAGUUGAUGAAAUAUCACGCAAACUCAUUUUGUGCGAUCAUGUCCACUCUGUUGCACAAAUCAUUGAAUGUUACAAGGAGAAAUUUUAUGUUAAUCACUCUUAAGCUGUAAAGGGUUAAACUGUGAGUACGGAGUAGCCUCUUUUCUUUUCCAAAGAAACUGGGGUUUCACUUUCCCAUGCAAAACUUAAGAUACAAGGGUGUCAGCCUAUCACCUCUUAUGUUGGCAAAAUGAAUAGAACUUGUAUUCUUUUGGCAGUGCUCUUGGCACAUGUUGAUUGUUCAUCCUGUUAAUAUCUCAACUAAGCAGUGUUGUUUCCCUUACAAAGGAGCGAGUCCAAAUGCCACAGAAGAUCCCACAUAUUCAGCAAUAGAGAGUAAUGAUCCCAGUUUCAAUAUAAAACUUGGUGUUAUCAUUGGAUGCACAAUAAGUGCUUUUUGUGUCGUGGUGCUUGUGCUGUUCAUAAUAUGGAGAAAUCCAUGCAGGUUGGUCAAGUGGUUAUGUUAUUUGCAAAUUCCCGCGUGCGUUAUGAUUGGCUACAUGCCACAAACUCUGUUGAGACGGUCACUUCCAGUUAUUUCUGUAUCCAUGUGCUUGCAAAGCUCCUUCAUGUGCGUUAUCUCUUCUUUUAAUUUUUCUCCUAUUGCGUCGCUCUUGGUAAAUGCCGUAAAUUUCCCGGGAACAACUAGACCAUUCUCUAGUUCCUUUUAAAGGAAAACCCAAUAAGCGCCGUCCUUCGAAUAAGCGCCCAUUCUUUCAGCUGAAAUUUGAAAUAAGCGCUCGGGUGCUUACUCUAGGAAAUAUAUAAUUUUUUUUCCAUUUUGUCACCUCUUCUAAACAGAACAAGUUAAGCUCCCUCCCCACUCCCUCUUCUAAGUUGUUUAGGAUUAUAACCAAGGUUUAUUAUAUGAGAGGGGAAACGGCAUUUCAUUUGACGACAGUAGCAAUUUUUUAAGCCCAUAAAUACUGAGUAAAAUAAAGACGGGUGCAAGAGUUUUUGUUUGCACUCAAGCGUCUUAUCUGAAUUUAGGUGGCUUGCAACAAAUGUAUGUUUGUUACGGGCGACCAGAGGAGCCCGCAAACCUAAUUUGAGGUUGCUAUAGCAUUACGCAUGUGCGGCACGUUUGCAGCCAGACUAAGAGUAAAUGCAAUGCUAAGAAGAGCGAUCUGAUCACGCGUGAUUUGACCUUUUAUUAUAUCCAUUUUGAAAUCCUUGUUGUCUGAUCGGCUGUCCUCAGUGUGAUUUAUUCACGAAUCGCACUAUUUUUAGCUCUAAAUCACAUCUGUUCGAAAUCGUGUCAUUCAUGUCCUAAAUUGCAUCAUUUCUGUUUUAAAUCGCACCAUUUUGGCUCUAUAUUACAUCACUUCUGUUUCGGGUAUAAAAUGAGAUGUAAAAGCCUUUUUGCUUCGGCUUUUCGAUAAACCGGCUACUAGGUCAAAUAAAUAUUGGUACUGACAGGAUUCUGCGAUUUCAAAAUGGCCGUAAUAAUGUGGUAAUUGAACUUCAUGUCGUGCAAUUUUGGUCUGAAUUCAUAUUUGUGGUCUCAAAUGGAACUCGCGCUGCGCGCCCGUCCAAUUUAAAAUCACGCGUAUGAUUUCAGACCAAAUUGCACUCCACUCAGUUCAAUUACCAUUAUUUAUCACGUGAAUCUCAGGCAAAGCACCAGGUUGGAGCCACAGCGUUUUGAGCUGCGACCUCUCCCGCACUCCCCAACCAUUGGCUAUUACUAAUCUACAAUCGUUCUUAUUUUUUCAGGCAAGCAGCAGUUAACAACGGAAAAAAACAUAUGCUUGUUAAUGGGCAAGAAUCGCUUCCUACGUCACUUCUUCAGCAGAUUACAGUUGGCAGUGGAUCAACAGAGGGAACAGGCAGUUCAGGAAUGUGUCAAUGCAGGUGUACCUGUGGAGGUCAGUUUUACCAUAUUGUUUUGGUUUUCAAAAUUGGCGACUUCACGCUAUCUACUAUCCACUUGGAGUUGAACCUGCGAUCAGUUGAAAACUAUUAACUUGUCAGCGAAUAACUUUACAAAAAACAAACCUCGAUGGGUCGGCACCCGAGCCCGUGAUAUGGUCAUGUGAUACUGGUCAGCCGAUACUCUGUUUUGACAGCUGUCAACUGACCACAACAUGGAUAUGUAAUAUCAGGGUGCAGGCUCCCACACUAAACAAUGUGAAAUCUCACACUUUCUAGCUACCCUGUGGUGCGGACGGACGGACGGACGGACGGUCACAUGACCACCAAAAUUUUCCAGAGGAUUAGCUGACAAAAUUUUCUUAGCUGUGCAUGAGUCUUCGCUCGCGCGCGCUUCUAGCGCGCGUGGAGCUCCGCUAAAAAGUUAUUCCAAAAAUAAUGGCCCAGUCUUGUUAUUUAAGACUUAUUUAGGCAUUUAAACUGUCUCCUGUCGUUUGUUGCUAUGGAUGGCAAAAAUGGACAUGGAUUAAAACUGUAAAAAUGGGCCAACUUUUUCCAAGUUUUAAUGCUAUUCCGGCAAAAAUCACCCAAAAAAUUUUGAUAGUGAGUGCACCCUGAUGAAAUUUGUUUGAGAUAUUCCUCAUUACUCUACUGGAGCAUUUUUUGUAUGGAUAAAGACACUAAGUUGUGACUUAACCCUUUGAGCCCCAAGAGUGAUCAGCAUCAAAUUUCUCCUCAUAAUUUCAAUGCUUUGUAAAACAGAGUGGUCAUGAGAAUUACGGACAUGAUCACGCAAGAUGAAUUUGCUUGAUGUUUUAUCAACUUCUCCCCACUACUUCUAUGAGAAAUUAAUAGGAGCAACAAAUGAGAAUUCAAAUUUUGAUCUCAAGGCUUAAAGGGUUAAGCAAAUAAUUGACCUAAACUGACAAUAUCCUCUUCACAUAGCCCCAUUAACUAGCCUCACGUGUCCGUUUGCGGUGGUUUCUAACACGCAUGGUGAGUCCAAGUCAAUAAGUAUAUUUGAAAAGAGAGAGCGAGUUAAGAAAAAAAGUUGCCAAUAUGUUUUACGAACCGUUCAGUUCUUGAUGCCGGUUGUCUUUUUAUUGUUUGUUUUCUUUACAGCAAGUCCUGGAUGGCCCUUAAGACCUUCAAUGGUGAGAAUACUUUGUAAAAUUCAUACUGUACUUUCCAGCGAACGUAAGGAGCUUUAAGCCCAGCAUAAACUAUAAAACAUUUUGUCGUGUUCCUUCAAGCUAACCUGUUCACAGACCCUCUAUUUUUCUUUAUAAAACCGCGGGGGAUCUGUGUACAAGUUACCCUAUAAGCGUUUUUAAUUUGAAAUAUGGUGCAAUGUUUCUAUAGUUUGGAGGACAUGUCGAUAGUUUUUUUAUUGUUCCAUUUUAUUCAGGUAAGAGCCAGUUACAAGUUACCAGGUAGCAGUGACAGCACCACACCCAUCACACCGAGUGUGUUUCCAAAUAAACCACAAGAGCCAGAUAGGUAAUGAACUAAACUUGUACGACCAGUUUGUGAAACCGGUUAUCUUUGUCAGGCAUAAUACACCUUGUUUGCCCUCCUCUAAGGUUUCGUCUACACGUACCCGGAUUUUUUUGAAAACGAAGAUGUUUUUCUCCGUCCGCACGUAGCGUAUGCGAAUAUUUUUCGCCUGUCCAGAUCAAACGCUACGACGAUGGAGAUACGAUAGCAUCCCUUACGGAGCAUGCGUAAUGCUAGUAGUAUAUGGUAUACGACAUCAUCGUAUUCGAAUACCUCCGUUUUCUUCCGUCCACACGUAAACGAGAAGCCGGCGUUUUCAAAAAUCUCCACUCUGGAGAGGGUCUUUGAAAAGAUGCGUUUUGGGUGACCGUUUUCAUCAGAUACGUGUGGGCGGUACGCCAAAGCGGAUGAAAAAAAUCUCCGUUUUCAAGCAAAAAGGGAUACGUGUGGACGGGGCCUAAAUUUUGUAUAACAUAUGUUUUUUAUUCCUCGUGGGUAUUUCAGCCGUCCCAAGACGACCCUGAAGAUGACUACCGCACAGGUUGUCGAAACGUCAGUCACUGUCAACAACAGUCCUAUUCAGGACUACGUUCUCCCGGACGAUCCCACUCUACCUACUCUUCAUACAUUCUUCCCUACGUGGUCGGGUCUCGUAUAUUCUUUCCCGCCGUAAUUUUAUUUUCCAAGCGAAAGGACCCCAGUGACCAGGGUCUGUGGUGCGUGGGGUCAAUUCUGAUCUGCAAAGAGUCAGGCAGCAGGCUUUUUGAAGGUGGUUUUAAUGUUUUCCUGACAUACACGUCGUAAUGAAAGUAUAACCACGUUUUAACAGUCAAAUGACAAAUGGGUUGGUUUCUAAACAAACUGAUGCAGUCGAAAGCGAGAUAGAAGAAACUGGUAUCACAAAUUCAGUUUAGAGUGUAAAAACGCCUAAUUUGUCUUUGCAGUGAAGGGAGCUCAAGCCAUCAAGAUCUAAGCAACAGUAGAGGUGCGUUUUUUUACGUGAUAUUUCUCGUAACUUAAUCCCUUGUAACCCUGGAUACACAACAAUACGACAGUUAACACAAGAGCUGCGACACUUGACUGACUGCGACACUGACCCGCCCCAAUUUUACAGUGCGGACACUCAAACCAGUACACUUGGAAGAAGAUUGUCCAAUCACAACUUUUUCUGAAAACAGAAGAUUCUCAAGUUUUUUUGCAAACGGACCAAUAAAAUUCAAGGUUCAACUAUGCAAUCGCUGAAAACUUUAAAACCAUUUGAAGUUACCUUACCCCUCAGGAAACAAGCCUCAAAUUUAUGUUAUUGGUCCGUUUGCAAAAAAAGAAAACUUGAGAAUCUUUAGACUGCAAAACAGUCGUUUUUUUUUCUCAAAAUCAGUAAAGAAAUCGGUAAAGCGUGCCGUAAGAGUCUUACGCGCGCAAAGCGCGCGAGUCUCUUUUAGCGUCUCUCCCCAGGUCUCGCUCUCUGUUUUCAGCCUCGUUCCAGACCUUUUGUUUGACUGCUCGCGCGUACAUGAAUACGCAAAAAUACGGACUGUUUUGCAGUCUAGAGAAUCUUUUGUUUUUCCGCACUGUAAGACGACAACUUUUUACCCACACUUUACUUCAUCAUUCAUCCACGACCCCCUACAGUUUAUUCACUUUCCUGAUCCACAGCGCACGACAAUUUGCCUGCGAGGAAGCUCUCCUUUUGGUGGACUCGCGAGAAGUCACGCGAGAGCCGCACGCGAAAGGAGACGUGGGUGCGAGGGUGGAGAGCUCGCUCGCAGGCUACACGACAGUGAGAUACUUCCUCUUUACUCGGCCAAUUUAGCUUCGUUCUUCUGAAUCCCAUUGUUUUCAUUUAUCUCCGCAAUUAUUUAACUUCACUUGUUUUGUCUUUUCCCCUCACUUCAUCAUUUUUUUACAUCAUUUUUUUUGGAACAGAUUGUCACAUUUAUGUGUCUUCAUCGUCAAAAACGUCUUUUGAAUCGCAAAGAGAAGAUCACUCAACAAGGAUACAGGUGUGAUUGAUUGUCCUUCGUACUCUCUUAUUUGCAAACUGAAUUUAGAAAGAAAUCAAUUAUGUACCUACAAUGAGCUCCCGGACUCAGCAAAGCACUGCAAAUCUUUGGCUCGAUUCAAUUACAUGCUAAGGACUGUUAUUUGGUAAUUUUAUUGCGUAGUUCGUUUUUCACGUAUCUGCCUUUUCAUAUUUGGUUAUAUUAUUGUCAUGGAUUUAAUUUUAGUUUAUCGGGACCCUUGUUUAUUUUGCAUCCGUUUCUCAAGAAAUCCUCCUUAUUCCCGUAAGAUGUGAGGAUUUCGUUCAAAUCUUCCACUUCUUUUAUUUGACCAUAAUUGGCAUCUCUUUCUUUUUCUAGCCUGCGUCGAAGACGUAAUUUAACACCAGUUAGUAACGUCUGCAGGGUGAAGCAGCGCCGAUAUCCUUGUUCCGGACCCCAACUAGUCUGUUACACAGCCGUUUUUAGAGUCGUCACGCAACGCUCUUCCCCACAUUGCGUGACGACACUAAAAACGGCUGUGUAGCAGACUAGCGUCGCAGAGGCUCUAAACCUUCUGUACAGAGCGUCACACAAUAUCGUGUUCGAAUCCCGCAGAGUCGCAAUGACAUAUGUCGCCGUUUUUGAUUGGCUAGUUUCUUACGCAGUUUGUGAUUAGUCCGAUUUGAAUUUAAGUGUUGACAGGCCAAACACGAUUAAUAGCUCGUGACAAGAGAGAUUGAGCUCGUGAUGGUGUGAAACGUGACCUUACAGUCAGCUUAGGACUAUACAAAUGGUUAAGACAAGUGCGUGGGCCGGCUGCAACGCAGACUAGGCCCCAACGGACUCGGUGAAUUACCAGAAAUGCGUUUCGAAUUUUCUUUCAACCUGAUCGGCAAAUUGACGAUGGAUUUUUUGAAAGCCUAUCAUUGUGCGUACUCAAAUCGUGAUACACAGGCGGGGCCCAGAACAAGAAUUUCGGCGCUGUCUCGCAGACGGACUUAACCAGAGUGUAGUAUCAUCUGUAGCGCAGGCUACCUUUUUCUUAAUUUUUUAAAAAAAUAACAUAUUACCUACUGAUACUUACAUACGUGCGUUAUAAAACAAACUGUUUAAAGCUGGUUUGGUUGAAGCAUAUUUCCCUCGCGGCACUACUAAUCAGAAGCACUACCCAGAUCUGGUUAGUGACGCGUCAUCAGAAUGGAACUUCUGCGCUCGUCUCUCUGACGUUAUUUCGCGUGGAAACCAGUGGUUACGUCGCGAAAAGUCAGCUGUUUCAAGCAACUCCGUCUAGUCUAUCCGUUGCUUAGUGUCGCUCAGCCAUCCUAAUCUUACUCUUUCGCUGUCUUUUCCGUCUUCUUUCAGGCUCCAUCAAGAAGUUACAAGCAGAGCAUAUCUGUUGACGUAUGAAUUUCCCCCUAUCACAGUUUUAUUACAUAAUUUCUAUUAAUAUUACAUAAUAUUAUAUCAAUGAACACACAGAACUGGUCUGUGUUGUUAGUUCCCGUUUAUUCUUAAAAGCUAGUUCUUUGCCCGUUUGAAAAUUUAUUAUCCCGAGCUACAGUUUUAGCCAGGAGGGUAUUGAAACAACUUUAAAAAAUUAUUGAUGUUUUAAACGGAAUUGAGUUUGAGAAAUAUGACUUAAAUGCCGUAACGAUAAUUUUUAUAGCAAAAUCUUAUUUUGUACUAUUUUUGCAUUGUCAUUUCAAUUUUUAAGGUCACAGAAGAUAAAGACCUUACUAUUGUUGGUGGAGAAAUUCUUGGUUUGCAACCACGUGACGAGACGGCCAUGUUGGUGGUGAAAAAAUACUCUUUUUUGAAGAAUUUACAUGAAAAUGGUGUUUAGCUCCAAGAGGAGAGAAGUGCAUUGGGAAUAGUUCAUCAUGUAAGCCUUCCGCGAGGUGUCCCGAGCAUCUGUGCAAGUAUGCAUGCAAACCCCCACCCGUCCAUUGCUCGGAAUUGUGCUUGUUCACUGCUCGAAAAAAAUUUACUUAAAUCUAACCCUCACAGAUGGUCGGGACACUUUGCGGAAAGCUUACAUGAUACACUACCCGCUUUUGUUCUUGAUCACCAACAUGGCCGCCGUAGCGUCACAUGUAAACCAGCAAUAUAGGUGCGUGAUGUCUAGUGGGGUCAAAUAAAUCCUCGCGCAUAAUCGUCAACUUUGGAUAAUUUCAACUAGGUUUAAUCCUCAGUAUAGUCCCAACAGUGACAGUUAGGCUGCUUAAAAGGCCAUUUUACGGUUGUGUGCUGUGUGUCUUGGCGUCUGAACAGAAGCGAGGCCGGAGAUGACCUUGUUGACCACGUGAGCUUUUGCUCUGCUUUCUUUGCGUGCCAUGGCAAUUUAUUAGAUCUUUUAGUUAUUAAACCAAUACAAUGUUAUUAUAAGUAUAACCAUCAUCAUCAUCAUCAUCAUCAUUAUCAUCGGCGACAAUAAUUCUGAGGAUAAUCGCAUCCUUUUGCCCGUUUCUGACAGGCCAAAAAAUACUGGACUUGAUAAUCUGAGAUAUCUUGCAGAUAAUACUUUUGACUAUCGUUUAUCUGAUUUAUCGGACCAAAAUCAAAUCAGCCUUCAGCUUUCGCAUUGCAGAUAACUUAUUUUUUACUUAUUUUACAAUCUGACCCUGGUGAAGGCCACUGAAAUCGCUAUAACUGUAUUUAAUAUUUAAGCUGAAAUAUAUUUAUAUUUGUUGCCAAUCAAAAAUUAUUAAAACUACUCAAUGUGAUCUAUUUAUAUUUAAACUGAGGUGAUGUGCCUGUAUCUCUUGAAUCUAAAGCGUUUUUUUAAAUAUUUUCAACAAAAAGCAGUCAGAGUUUCUUCCUGUUCGGACCAAUGUGGCCUUCUACAAGGUUCUUGAAUUAUACCUUUACGAGUGUACCGCCAGUUUGAGCAUUUAAACUUAAUACAAAAUUGGUUCUUUACCGUAUUUAAAACGAAGAAAAUAACCUUAUUGCACAUUACAUGAUUUUACACCAUUUUUACUAUCUGAUUUUAAAAAUUCAAUUCGUGGAAUCUUUCGUACUUUUUUUAAAACGAACAUUAUACCCGCUGAUUAUCAAUUAUGGUUCUCUUUAAGGACAUCAAUGUUAGAACAGUACCCGCGACCAGUCUAGUCACACUCAGUUUUCGAUUUUCUUUCCUAACCAUAGCAUACCAGACCAAAAUAAUUCCAUUAACUAAGCGUUAUCCAUUAACUGUUAUAUAUAAAAACUUGAAGGUAAAAAUGCUUGGAAAGGAAUAAUCCGCAAGUUAUAUCAUCGCGUGCAUUCUAAUCUUUAAUCCUGUCGGUCUGCACUAUAUUGUUCGCAUUGUAACAAUUUGUUUGAUAAUUAUUGCACAAAUUCCUGUUAUAUUUUUUCUUCGAUUGUGGAUACUAGCGUUGUUAACAUAACUUGUACUUAAGCCUUAAACCUUCCUUCCACAAAGGGCAAAAUGUUGGCUUAGGGGAGGGGUAGGUGGGAGGUUACCCAGAAACCCAAAUAGACCUUUUUAGGUAGUGUUUUCUUUUUCCCCGUUUCAGACCAGGUGAUAGUACCCCAGAGAACUGUUUCUUUCAAACGUGCAUCCACGUGCAUAUGUAUGCAUAAUUAAUGAAAAAACAAAGAGGCAAAUUCCCUAGAUAACAUCACGUGGUCUUAAUUGGGAAAACGAAACAUACAAGCUAAAAAGAUCCAUUGAUCCGGAGUGUUUGAGUUGACAUGGCAACCAAACCUGAAUUUGCGCUCAUCGUUCAUGGAGCAGCUCAUCCCUCCGUCAGUCCUCUUUUAACUCAGUUGUAACCACGUGAUCGGUAUAAUGUGUAUCAGGUAGAAGAUAUAACACUGCAUUGAGCAGGUCUCCUAUGCCACUUGUGUUAUGUAAGUUUUAUAUGAUGUAAUAAUAUUGAUUAACUUAGUUACAUUUACGCAUUUAAGACAGUUAUCAAGGCCUGGUAUAAAAUUCGACGCGAAGUGCAAUCGUUUCUUAUGCAUAACAUUUUACUUUAGCCGUGAAGGUAAUCUUGGAGCUGUCCACACUUGGUGCCCCGUGACCAGUGCCUGGGUACCCACUACCGGCACAAAAUGGAGUUGUGCACACACCUUGUGUAGCCUAUAUGCGACUGUGUGCAUGUUUACUCCAUUUCCCCUUUUCUGCUGCCAUUUUGAAACUUGAGCUCAGAAGCGAGUACCCCAGUGGACUGCCCCAGCUGAACUAACAAAAGCAGGUGCAUACCGGGACCUGGUGCCCACUUUUUUUUCCCUAAUUCUAUUCUAGCGUGGGUACUUGGAAAAAGUCGUGUGUUCACAUUAGUACGAUGCGAGCACCGUACUCGGGCAUCGUGCCAGGACACCAAGUGUAAACGCUGCCAUUAAGAAAUACACUGUAUACCAAGUUCCGAGUUUUAUGACAAAGAAUUUAAUAGAUGGUAGUAGUAGGUUUUGUUGUCGAGUAGUACAGCAAGCUCUAGACAAUAAUACAACAAAAUAUCACUCAUAACGUGUAACUCCAAUGACAUAUCUGGUCACCGUCUUGUAGAUAAUGUUAAUAGUAAACGAAACUGAAGUUAUGUUAUUACUACGGUAAUUUUACGUUAAGUGGCUAGUCCUGUGCAUUCUGUACCCUCCAUGUUCACAUGGUAUUUAGAUGUGUAGAGAAAACGAUAGAAAGAUAGAGAGCCUGUGUGGCGGGCGUUUGAAAGGGAAGGGAAAAGGGAUUUCGAGCGCGUUAGAAGCGCGAAGUACGUGCGAGGAAGGAGGGAAGGGAACGCUUUACUCUCCUCCCUUCUCCCUCGAGCGCUGUCUUCCUUUCCCCUUCCCUUCCAAACGCAUGCCACGCUGGCUAAAAGAUCGAAGGAGCCUGCUGUCAUGUUCAUGAACAUUUGACAACAAAUGUAGAUAUUUUUGCAUAGUGAAACUCACUUCUGCCUUGGUAGAAAGUUGACGCUCGGUGUACGAGUUUUAUUUUCACCUACCAAGCGCAUUAUGCAUUUUGGUAUGGUUAUCGAGUUGUAAGGUUUAUGUUUGCAGACAGCAAGAUCCUUGGUUGGAGUAGAAAUUGUUUCAUAUUUCUACCAGUUGUACAUUAGCAUUUAGCAUCUUAAGCAGUAAUUUGUGUAAAGUUUAUAGCAUAUAUUUAGCAGUCAUAUCCUCUCUUAAUAACCCUUAGAACUCUGUUUAAAGACCCUUCCACACUCGAACUCAGAAGUACCUCCUUUUCAGAAACCAUUUCACUCCUAACAAAGGCCAAAGUAAAAUUCAAAAUUUCUUGUUGUAAAACCCUAAGAAAUUAGUAGUACCUUGCAAAAAUUUGUAAAAUUAGCUUUCAUUUGAAUGGUAACACCAUAAGAUUUCGUCCACAGAUUCAAAAGUUAGAAUUAUUGAUCAUCUCUCCUUAACUCAGUCCGGGAGUAGGUCAAGAUGUGUUUGUAUUGUAAAGCCUCUCUCACACAAUUUAAGGCCGCGAAAUGUCUAUGGAAUGCUGGGCAAUUCCCUUCUCAAGGAUACGUACCUUUAGAGCGUGAGUUGGAAAGGGUCUUUGAAUGGAGACUUGAGCUUCGUCGUCUUGCAUGCCUUGACCACUGGUUGACAAAGCAUUAUUUAAUUUUUUGGUCUUUCUGGAGACCGUUUCAGAUAGGAUUAAACAUUAAUUUCCCAGGCAGAAGGACAAAAUUCUUCUUUGAAUUGUAAAGAACCCAUAUGUAAGUGCAGUUAAUUUCAAAUUGUCUCAAUGCAAAAAAAUUAUAUGCCGGGUAAAUUGUACUUGAAGUGCCCGGCUUUUUAUGGAAAAAAUAUUGAUGCAUGCUGUAAUGCCAUAAUACGCGAGAGUUAUUUAUCUCCCUUUGUAAAAAAAAUCCUUGGUGAAAGAUUUCAUAUAAGUGCUAUAUAAUAUAUUUUCAUCAUAUGCUUAUACCUUUGUAAUUUAUACUUAUAUAUAAUAUAUGCACAUGCAUUUUUCAUUUCUGCCUUCUUCUGUUGUUAUUUUUUUAUAAGCAACAAGAUGAUAAUGUGGCGACAAUUACUUUACCAGGGUAAUUUUUAUACUUAGUCCUCUGAAAACAUAUUAAGAAGACAACACAACAUUGUACAAGGAAUAUUAUAUAUUAUAUAUUUUAAAUAAACCCUGGAAAGCUAAAUACAAG